AUGCAACAUAUUAUUGAUCAAUAUUACAAUUUAUCAUCAAUAUACAAAGCAUUAGACUACGACAAAGAAUGGAUCAAAGAGACAAAAACAACAAGUGAUACAACAAAACCUUCGACGCUGCUAUCAACGGGCGACUUGACCAAAUUCACAUCGACGACCUCUGCGACUGAAAACUCAAUUACUUCAAAACCAGUUUAUCCAAAUCUUUUUACAGAUUAUCGAUAUACCAACAUUAUGACAAAUGGACCAAUAAUUGUUACAACAGUACAUCCAUUAAUUUCGGCAACAAAUGAUUCUAGCAACACUAGUUUUAUGACUGCUGAAUCAACUACUUCAACGACACAACAAGUGUAUAGUUCAAAAACAACAGAAAUAACUACAACAACAACAGCAGCUGUUCCUACUUGCGGUCCUAGUCUUUGUUGUUCCGGAGGUUGUCAUCGUUGUGUUUAUAGUGAUUCUACUUAUUACUGUCUAUGGUAUGGUCAAACUGGUUAUAAUUUUUAUACUGAUGCUAGUCGUUGUACUACUAUGGGUAGUUCUGAAAUAUAUUGUACCUAUAGUACUACUUGUGGUAUUGGUCCUGGUGGUCAUGGUUUUGGAUACGGUAAUGGUUGCGGAUAA